AUGGGUUUGAAAAUCUAUUCACAAGUUGAUCUUGAGGAUCUUGUUAGGAAAACUGAAGCAUGCACAAGGACUCAAGGCAUGAACCUGAUAGUUCCAUUAAAUUUGACACCUAAACUUUAA